AGGAAAAAGUUUCAUUUGUAUUUCAUGCGCAUGUUUUGUUUGUCACUGACAUUUUAAUUUAUUUUUGUGGUAGAUUCAAUAAACUAUAGUAUUAAUAUAGUAUUAAAAUGAGUGGUCGUGUUACAAUAAGACUAGCUUCUGAAAGAGUUAACCAUUGUGUUGCUUCAAGUAAUGAGUUACCACGGUUUUAUACGCCGGGAGAAGUCAUCAGCGGUAUGCAGGAUUUUAUGCGUGGUCAUGGAACAUAUGUAGAAGAUGAUUGUAUAAAAUCAUCAGUAGCUGGUGUAAUGCAAAAAGUUAAUAAGUUAAUCUGUGUGCGACCACUGAAGAGUAGAUAUGUUGGUGAAAUAGGAGACGUUGUGGUUGGCAGAGUGCUGGAAGUUCAACAGAAGAGAUGGAAAGUAGAAACUAACUCACGCCUGGAUUCUAUCCUGCAGUUGUCUUCAGUUAACUUACCUGGAGGAGAAUUGCGUCGAAGGUCAGCAGAAGAUGAGCAAAUGAUGAGAAAGCACUUGCAAGAAGGUGACCUUAUAAGUGCCGAAGUACAGAGUGUAUUUUCAGAUGGAUCAUUGUCAUUACACACAAGAAGUUUAAAGUAUGGCAAGUUGUCCCAAGGAGUAUUAAUAAAAGUAUUUCCAUCAUUAAUCAAACGCAGAAAAAACCACUUUCAUAACUUGCCUUGUGGUAUCGCAAUUAUAAUUGGUAAUAAUGGUUUCAUAUGGAUGAGUCCACAGCAACAAAACAUUGUAGUAGAAGAGAACAAAGAUGAAAUUGAGAACUAUGAACUACAGCCUAUAAGUAAAUCAGAUAGAGAAAUAAUGGCAAGGUUGAAAAAUUGCAUUGCAGCAUUGGUUGCUUCAAAAAUGAUGCUCGAUGACUCGAGUAUAAUGUUCGCUUACGAAGAAAGUUUGAGGUAUGAUGACGUGAAAGAGCUCUUGGACCCAGAAGUUAUGCUAGAUGUUGCAUUCCUUACACAGCACAGAUUAAAUAGCAUCAUGGAAGAGUAGUUGUGACAUUGUAGGUUAUAUAUUUCAGACUUAUGUAAGAUAAAGAUUAUGAAUAUGA